UUCAAUGGGCUAAAUUUCUCUGACUGGUGUGAACAAGUUCAGUUCAACUUAGGUGUUUUGGACUUGGACUUGGCACUUCAAGUUGAGAAACCUGCCGAUCUUACUAAUGAGAGCAGUGCUGAUGAAAGAUCUGUCCAUAAAGCUUGGGAAAGGUCAAACAGAUCAAGCCUAAUGUUUAUGCAGAUGACCUUAGCAAAGAAUAUCAAGUCUACUAUCCCUAAAACUGAGAAUGCUAAGGAAUAUAUGAAGUUUGUAGAAGAACGUUCCCAAACAGCUGACAAAUCACUUGCUGGCACACUGAUGAGUACCUUAACCACCAUGAAAUUUGAUGGUUCUCGUACCAUGCAUGAGCACGUUACUGAAAUGAGUAACAUUGCAGCAAGACUUAAGACUCUUGGGAUGACUGUGGAUGAGAACUUCCUAGUACAGUUUAUCAUUAACUCUUUGCCUCCCGAGUACGGUCCAUUCCAUAUGAACUAUAAUACCUUAAAGGACAAAUGGAAUGUGAAUGAAUUGCACAGUAUGCUCGUGCAAGAGGAGACAAGGCUUAAGAAUCAAGGAACUCAUUCUAUUCAUCUUGUAAGUCGUCAAGGAGCUGGAAAGAAAUAUAAGAAAAGAUCUGGAAAGGGCAUUAAGCAAGGACCACUAAAGAUAAAUGAGUCUUCUGCCCAAAUCCACAAUAAGGAAUACAAGAAAGAUGUGUGCCAUUUCUGUCGUAAACCUGGGCACCAUAAAAAGGACUGCCUGAAACGUAAGGCAUGGUUCGAAAGUAAAGGGAUUCCUUUCAACCCAGACCAUAAAUCCAAAUGAAAAGUUUGUCCUCAUGGGAAAUCGAGUCAAAGCUCCAGUUGAAGCCAUUGGAACCUAUCGUUUGAUUUUAGAUACUGGACAUCAUUUAGAUUUAUUUCAAACACUUUAUGUACCUUCCAUUUCUUGCAAUUUAGUUUCUUUAUCAAAACUUGAUUCCGCUGGAUAUUUCUGUAAUGGUGGAAAUGGAUGUUUGAAUUUGUUUAAGCAAAAUCAUCUUAUUGGUUCCGCUAUUCUUUGUGAUGGCUUAUACAAAUUAAAGCUUGAUAACCUUUUUGCCGAGACUCUUUUGACCUUGCAUCAUAAUAUUG